GUAAAAACCAUGGUAACAGCCUUGUUAUCAGGUAAGAUUCGAACGAUGACUUCCUAGUACCUGACGAUAAAGAUUUCUUUUUUCUAGAGACCUGAACCUGAACUAAGGUUCUUUACACGUAUACUCAAUCAUGGUUUCUUCCUGUGUGUAUAUGAUAUUCGGAAUUCUGAUAUUAAGCUGCCAUACGACUUACUUAACAGCAGUGGAAUUUGAUAACUUCGUUCUAUCCUUUCAAUGGCCAGUUACAUUUUGCAAAAAUCAAAAGUGCAAACAGCCACUUCCUGCACACUGGACCGUUCAUGGAUUUUGGCCUUCGAAUUCAAAUGGAAGUUUUGUUAAAGAUUGUUCCAAGUCUCCUUUUACUGCUGAAAGUAUACCCGAGGGAACAAUAAAUGAAAUGAAAAGGAUUUGGCCAGACCUUUUGAAAAGUACUAAAUCAACAUUUUGGUCGUACCAAUGGCAAAAACAUGGCACAUGUGCGGACGUAGAAGACACAAGGACAGUGGCGCAGUAUUUUAGCAAGGCCACUGAAUUGGCUCUCCUCUAUAAUAUAUCAGCAAUCUUGACGAGGAGACACAUUGUGGGAGGAAACAAUUUCCAGGUAGAUAACCAUUCAAUUCUGUAUGUCGAAAAACCUUUUAUUUAUGAGUAUAUUUUCGAAGUCAAACCAAGCUCAAUAAAGUAA